UGUUGCUGAUAAAAAAUAAAAAUUAGGCUUAUCAAAUUCAUUUAUUUUCAAAUCGAUCAAACCUCGAUGUUAAAUAUUAUUAUAAUAAAUCUGCACUCUGCACAUUGGCCAUUGACUGUUGGCAGAAAUUCCCGUCUAGUGAUCGAUUUGCUUAAUUUGAAAUACUAAACUCUCGUUAAUUUCGGUUAAACGUACUAAUCACCAUGGACAUAGCUACAUCAACGGACAUUAUGAUAAUUAGCGGAAAUUCGCACCUCGAACUAGCCAAUUUGGUGGCUCGCCGACUUGGUGUUAAACCUGCCCGGUGUGCUGUUUCUUAUACCACUAACCGAGAAACAUCUGUCCAAAUAAGUGAUUCCGUGCGUGGAAAAGACAUAUACAUCAUUCAAACUGGUUCAAAAGAUGUAAAUAAUAAUAUAAUGGAACUCCUAAUCAUGGCAUAUGCAUGCAAAACUUCUUCUGCCAAAAGCAUUGUUGGAGUUAUUCCUUAUCUACCCUACAGUAAACAAUGUAAAAUGCGAAAACGUGGUUCUAUUGUAUCCAAACUUUUGGCAAAGAUGUUGUGUUCAUCAGGUUUAACUCAUGUAAUUACAAUGGAUCUUCACCAAAAAGAAAUUCAAGGUUUUUUUGAAUGUCCAGUUGACAAUUUGAGAGCAUCGCCAUUCCUUUUACAAUAUAUUCAAGAAUGUAUCCCUGAUUAUCGUAAUGCUGUUAUUGUUGCAAGAAAUCCUGGAUCAGCUAAAAAAGCUACAUCAUAUGCUGAACGUUUACGUUUAGGAAUUGCUGUUAUUCACGGUGAACAGAAGGAAUCCGACUCUGAUAUGGUUGAUGGAAGAAAUUCUCCACCACCGUCAACAUCUCGUUCAAGAACAAUGGAUGUGGGAGUAGGAGUACCACAACAUCCAGCCAAAGAAAAACCUCCCAUUAAUGUAGUGGGAGAUGUUGGUGGUCGUAUCGCUAUUAUGGUGGAUGAUAUGGUAGAUGAUGUUGCUUCAUUUGUAGCUGCUGCUGAAGUAUUGAAGGAACGUGGUGCUUAUAAAAUUUAUGUUUUGGCUACUCAUGGUCUUUUAUCUUCUGAUGCUCCAAGACUUAUUGAAUCUUCGCCAAUUGAUGAAGUGGUUGUGACAAAUACAAUUCCUCAUGAAAUCCAAAAAAUGCAAUGUCACAAAAUCAAAACUGUAGACAUAAGUAUUUUACUAUCAGAGGCUAUUCGCAGAAUUCAUAAUAAAGAGUCCAUGUCAUAUCUAUUCAAAAAUGUCACAUUAGAAGACUAAAAUAUUUUUAAAUGUUAAUCAUUUACUUAAUUGUGGUAAAAUGAAGAACAUAAGAAAUCAAAUAUAAAACUAAUAGAAUUCCAAACAAUAAUUUAGUGAUUUAUGAAUUGUAAAAAAUUUUGAAUACAAGUAUGAAUUAUGUAUAUUUCAAAUGAU